AUGUACCUGGACAGGUUCCACGAUUACCCGUGGUGUCGAGUUGCCUUCAAGCACCUCAUGACAGCUGUCAAAGGAGUAGACUUAGACAAGUCCGGUUUCGCAAUGGAUGGGUUCGUCGAAGUCCUCCAAGUUUGGGCCUAUCACUGCAUGCCUGAGUUUGCAAGAAAGUACGGAGCCCCUCUUCCAUCCAAUCCAACUCCACCAGUCUUGGCGUAUAAGGGUGUCAAGGGCCGAAGAUACAUCGCGGAGGCCAUGCUGAAGCAGGUUAAUUUCAACAACUGGACCGCUGUGGAGGAUAGGACUCAGGUGUACCCGCGGUGGGAUGAUGUUGUAGACGACGGGGAUGUCGACAAUAUCGUCAAGGCAUUGCACGGUGAGCUUGGUGGUCGUUGGAGGUGGAAGAUGACUGACUGGAUUGAGGCGGGUGUAUUGGUGGCAAGGCAUCCUCGGGUGGAGGAGUCUAAGAGCCAGAGAGGAAUCACUGAGACGGAAUCCGUUUCACAGAAGAGGCAUUGUCCUUGGAGUCCUUCACUCGGCCAGGGGAUCGAGGAGAGUUUGCAGAGUUCACCAACACCAUCUUUGGUGAGCUCAAAGUGGGGUUUCAGAAGUACGACCGGAAGCUCACAUCGACCACGAAGCUCUGUCCUUCAGAAGUCUCCCUUCCUAGGAAACAUCACAGUCAAGGUAAUCAUCACCAAGAAGCCACGAGUGACCGCACAACCAUACAAUCCCUUUGCCGUGGAAGACAAACAAGUCCGUAAAGAGCUCAACGCCUUUCUGAAAAGCACACCUGGGUACCCGAAGAAUGACAAGGAUUUAUAUCCUUUGCGUUACUGGUGGUGGGAACUGAUUACGCAGCCUCAGUGGCUAUCCGACUCGCAGGUGGAUGCGGCUAUUAACGUCCUACGUCUUCGGAUGCAUGAACACCCGGAAUGGUUCAGAAGUGAACGCAUAUGCCUGGUUGACAGUGGUCUCAGCUUGUUCAGGCCUUCAAAGUAUGAAAUGUUCAUGAAGUCAGAGCCUAAUGUAUGGGGUCUGGGGAAGUUUUUACCACCGGACUCAAUGGAUUACUACUAUGGGAAGAAGCCAGAGUACUGCCAAUCACUCAAGAGAUGGGGCCGCGACGUUGACGACAUAUACAUCCCUCUUAACGUCGACCAGACACACUGGAUUGCUCUAAUGGUGUCGAUCCCAAAUAGGCACAUUGUGGUCUGGGAUAGUUUACCUUCUUGCAUCGGAGAUCCCGACCUAGAGACUAAAUGA